UCUGAACACUUUUGAAUUACAUCAAUAUUAUUUAGGAAUAAGCAAAUACAGUUGGCUGUCUUUCAGGGUUUUUUUUUUUCUUUCUUUAAUAAUUAUUUAAUUUAUCUGUUGACUGCAUCAUAAAAAGACACUUUUUAUUUCUCACAUGGAGAUAUAAUAUUUGCAGUGCAAAGGAGAAGUAAAAUUAAAACUAUUUUAUAGAACUUAAUUUAACACUUUUAAAAAGCUUACUGUAGAUAUACCAGAAAAAAAAUAGAACUUUGCUCAAAUAUAGACAAAUAUAGACUUAUUUGUCUAUAUUUGAGCAAAUUUCUAUUUUUUUUCUGGUCAUAUAAUAAUAACUCAUUUUACCAUAGUUUGGUUGAAUGUGUGUCUUAGCUGCAGUCUUAAAUAAGACAUCUCUUUUACUUUUUAAGUCACACACACACACCUUACAUGAAUCACAUAACAAUGCAAGUUAUAGUUGGAUUAAUAUUAUUUUCUCAAAACUGAUGAAAUAUUUAUACUUUUUUAUUAAUAAAACAUUAUCAGCAUUAUAAUCCAUUAUCAAUGCAACCUCAAGGACAUUUUAAAGGUUUGUUAUAAAAAGUGACAUUCUGGUGUAAUAUGUGCAAUUACAUUAGAGUAAUACUAGAACUCAUUUGUGUUUUCCCUUAUUGUUUGACUGAAUAUUCAAAAUUUUAGUUUAAAUCCUUGACUGAAACUGCAUGGUCAUCCGAGAUGAUGUUAUGAAAAAACUUGAUAUGUCUAUUUAGACAGAUUAGGGCCCACACACACAUUCCUCAAGUAUGAUAUUUCAUUCAGUUUGAUCAGCAACAUGACCUGUUUACCUUCAUUCUUACGCAGAAUGCAUGUGGGCAUGAUCAUUUUCCAACCGUCAAACAACUUUAGAAUUAUCUUACAAAAUAUGUAGUCAGCAUUCAAUACUGUAAGAAGCAGCUUCUUUCUAAUGAAUUAUGUUGCAGAAGACUGUGGGAGUACAUGACGACAUGAUUUCUCAAGAGUAGAGUAGAUAACAGGCUAAACAACAUUCUUAAAACAUAGACUGCUUUUAAAAUAGUCAGACUCCGACCAAACAAUGAAGGAGUAAGUACGUUUUAAGCAGAUAUUGUACAUUUAAAAAGAGGAAAAGAAGGCUGUAUGGACUAUGGUUUACUCACACACUGAGCUCUGUGUAGCUCCUGAAAUUACAUCAUGGUUUUCUUUCUCCUUGUCAUCUUUGGGCUUUUGUCCUUCACUUCAAGCCAAAUAUCUCAUCAGUAUCACUUCAUAAAUAUCAGAAAGAACUGGACUGAGGCUCAGAGAUUCUGCCGUGAGAAUUACACUGACCUGGCGACUGUGAAUAAUGCAGACGAGAUGAACAGCUUGUUCAGAACCAUAAGUGAUGUUUCGUAUGAUGUGUACAUUGGACUUUAUAGAAGUGAAGUGUUCAGAUGGCACUGGACACUGCCAGACAGUUCCAAUGUAGAGCCGUUCCAAAAGUGGAAAGAUAAACAACCAGAUCAAAAUAAUAAUCAUGGCUGUGCAGUAAUGGACAACAAUGGGAAAUGGUUUAGUGAUAGCUGUGACUCUCAAAAGCCAUUUGUUUGCUUUAAUGCAACAACCAAUACAAAGUACAUCCUGAUUGAGGGGACAAAAACCUGGAGGGAGGCCCAGGAAUAUUGCCAAAAAUUCCACACUGAUCUAGUCAAUAUCAGAGACUCCACAGAAAAUGAAAAUGUCAAGAAAAUUGCAAAAAACGAUGUAUGGAUUGGAUUAUUUAAAGACCCUUGGUCAUGGUCGGAUCAGAGCAACUCUUCUUUCCGUUACUGGAGUAACAUCAGAAUAGACCAGGAUUGUGUUGCAGUGAUGGUGAACCAAACAGGGAAAUGGAAUGACAUCAAAUGUAACGCCACUCAGCCCUUCAUCUGUCAUAGUGAUCUGAAAUCUCAAUCAACCACUAAAUCAGCUACUCCUGGACCAGCAACAACAACACAGCACACACCAGCCCAAAACACAACUGAGGGGGAAAAUACAAGCAGUCAACCAACACAAAUACUCACUACAGGUCCAGAGCAAGAUAACCUGAUUCUGGUCCGUGAGAACCUGACGUGGACUGAAGCUGUGAGUUACUGCAGAAAGCACCAUGUGGACCUGGUCUCCAUUCACAGUGAGGAGCUUCAGACGAGGGCAGCGAGAAGAGCCAGCCAGGCCUCCACUUCUCAUGUAUGGCUGGGUCUCCGUUACACCUGCACCUUUAACUUCUGGUUCUGGAUAAAGAACAGAGAAACAGGCUGCUACCAGAACUGGGCGUCUGGCCAUGGGCCUCGUGGUUAUGAGGAGUGUGGGCUGUCAGGAGCUAUGGAGUCCACUGGGGGGCACCGUUGGGUCGGGAGGCCAGAGAGCGAAAGGCUGAAUUUCAUCUGCCACACUUGUGCAGACUGCCAAUUAUGUACUGAUGCAUUUUAACCAUAAAGAGCGAUGGAAGACUGUGAAGCAGUGAGAGAUAAACUGCUUAUUUGAUCCUAUACAUUUUUAAUGGAUUCUGUGCGCUUUACAUGUCGUUCUUAUGGCAACAAAAACAUUAUGUCUAACAUAACUGUUAGCACUUAAACAUCAUUUGGUAUGAUUUAUAAGCUGUUUUCCUUAUAGGGACCAAAAAAUGGUCAAAAAAUUCUGCUAUUGAUUAAUUCAUUAAGAUCGGUUGGAUUAAAUAAUAGACAAAUAUAACUGAACGAGAAGAAAUGCGAAUGAAAAGUUUGAUACUAAGAGCCUUGUGAAAGGCAGUUACUGUGAAUGAAACAUUUAUAUAUGAAACACUUAUUUUGAGUAGUGAAAAGGAUACUUUGUGAUGUGUUUUGUACAAACACAAUUGAAAAUAUGCUGAAAUGUUUGAAAAAAGUACACUUUUGAUGAUCUGUUGUGAUACUAGUUUUGAAAAUUGUGCACUUGCUUGUGAAAACUGCGCCAAAGCAAUUUUUAAAAAUGUAAUACGAAUACAUUAUAAAUAUUGUAAUAUGAAUCAUAUUACAUUUUAUAAUAUUGUAAUGUUAUAUAUGAAAUUGUAGAAUUAAUACAAAUAAUAUGUGCUAUUUACUCAAGAAGAUUGUAGUAGAACAUAAUGUAAAUGAGCAAAACUGCUGUUUUAGACCUUUGCACAAAAGUAUUUAAAUGUUUCAUAGGAAGCAAGUAUUCAAAUGGCAUUAAUUUUUGUGUAUAUGAGGUAGUUUAAAAUAGAGGAUCUUUUGUUUUGUGUUCCUUUCUGUGUUCAGUUAAAGGAACAGGUGUGUCCUUUUUUGUUAGCUUAUCUAGAUCCGCUAAUUUAAAGGGAAAGAGUGUUAUUAGAAUAUGUAAUAUGCUUUAACACACACUGGGGUCUUUUCCAUGAACACUGCACCAUCAUGCUGUCCAUUCUCCUCGCUGUCUUAGGGCUUUUGUCCUUCACUUCAAGCCAAAUAUCUCACCAGUAUCACUUCAUAAAUAUCAGAAAGAAAUGGACUGAGGCUCAGAGAUUCUGCCGUGAGAAUUACACUGACCUGGCGACUGUGAAUAAUGCAGAAGAGAUGAACAGCUUGUUCAGAACCAUAAGUGAUGUUUCGUAUGAUGUGUACAUUGGACUUUAUAGAAGUGAAGUGUUCAGAUGGCACUGGACACUGCCAGACAGUUCCAAUGUAGAGCCGUUCCAAAACUGGAAAGAUAAACAACCAGAUCAAAAUAAUAAUCAUGGCUGUGCUGCAAUGAACAACAAUGGGGAAUGGUUUAGUGAUAGCUGUGACUCAAAAAGGCCAUUUGUAUGCUUUAAUGCAAAAGGCAAUAAAAUCCCAACUGAAAAGAAAAGAACAUGGAGGAAGGCCCGAGAAUAUUGCAGAAACAAUAUUCACACUGAUCUAGCCAAUGUCAGAAACAUCUCAGAAAAUGAUGAUAUCAAGAAUGCUUUAAAAACUAUAUGGAACAGACCAUCUAAAAACAUCACAGAAAAGGGUAAAAUCAAUAAAACUGUAUGGAUCGGACUAUUUAAAGAUGCCUGGUUGUGGUCGGAUCAGAGCAACUCUUCAUUCCGGAGUUUCAGUCAGCCAAAAAACAUCAGCAGAUACAAGAGCUGUACUGCAGUGAAUAAAACAGGGAGAUGGAAUUAUGUCCGUUGUAACAUCACUCUGCCCUUCAUCUGUCAUGGUGAUCUGAAACCUCAACCAACCACUAAACCAGGUCCAUUGCCAACAUCAACAGCCAGACAGAAUCCAAGUACAUCUAUCAAAUCUACUCCUAGUGGAGCAAAAACAACAACAGAGCACACACCAGCCAAAAACACAACCGAUGGUGGAAAUAUAAGCAGUCAACCAACACAAAUACUCACUACAGAGCAAGCUAUUCCUGGACCAGCAACAACAAAACAGCACACACCAGCCAAAACUACAGAGCUAGAUAACCUGAUUCUGGUCCGUGAGAACCUGACGUGGACUGAAGCUGUGAGUUACUGCAGAAAGCACCAUGUGGACCUGGUCUCCAUUCACAGUGAGGAGCUUCAGGAGAGGGCAGCAGGAAGAGCCAUCCAGGCCUCCACUUCUCAUGUAUGGCUGGGUCUCCGUUACACCUGCACCUUUAACUUCUGGUUCUGGAUAAAGAACAGAGAAGCAGGCUGCUACCAGAACUGGGCGUCUGGCCAUGGGCAUGAUUAUGAGUGUGGGCUGUCAGGAGCUAUGGAGUCCACUGGGGGGCACCGUUGGGUCGGGAGGCCAGAGAGCGAAAGACUGAAUUUCAUCUGCCAGUUAUGUGCUGAUACACUCUAGCCAGUAGCCACAAAAGAGGAGAAAUUGAUCAACUAAAAGACUGAUUUUUAUUGUGUUGUACAUUGUACAUUGUAUUGGUACUACAUACACCCCGUCUUCAAAGGGUAGCGAAGUAACAAAAGACACUUUCAGUAAUAAAAAUCUGACAAUAGUGAUAUAACUUAUAGCCUAUAUUUUCUGAUUAGUGAGAGGCAGCUCAUCCAAUAAGAGACCAACAACUAUUUACUUAGUAAUAUAAUUGACCCAAUAUAAACAAAAUACAGAAAAAACAGAACUAAGUUCCUCUCUUGAGGUUGAAUCAUCAGCACCAAGACUAUUGGUAAAAAAUAAUAGAUUUUUUGGACCAAUACUUAUUUAUAUCAGUCCAAUAUAUAUAUAUAUAUAUAUUUAAUUAUUUUUUUUUUUACAAUUAUUACUACUUGUUUUGCAUUAUUAAUAUCCAUACAAAACUGUUCUAGACAAUAGGUGAUUACUCUUUCAAUUUUUCAAAAUGUCUUAUUUUGUAUUGUCACUUAUGCAUCUUUAAGUGUGCCUUGGACAUAAAUAAUUGCAAAAGAGCAGUUUUGUGAAGUUUGAAGACUACAGUUAUUAUUGAAAGAGGAAUUGUUAAUUUUAUGUUAAUUAUUCAAUUAAAUUCAAUUCACAUUUAUUUGUAUAGCGAUUUUCACGAUACAUAUCGUUUCAAAGCAGCUUUACAGGAAAUGCAUGUCAACAUUACAAUUUAGAGUGAUCCGUUAUCAGAGGGGACUGUGUCCAAAUUAUGUAAUUUCAGAAAUGUACAUAUACAAAAAUGCAGUUAGUUAACAAUGUAUUAAUUUAAACAAUGUGUUAAUGUGAUGUAGAAACAAUGAGCUCAUUAAAGCAAUUA